UUUGGUUUACAGUCGUGACCCUCCGAUUGCGGCAGGAUGGCUCAGUGGAACCAGCUGCAACAGCUGGACACUCGGUACCUGGAGCAGCUUCACCAGCUGUACAGUGACAGCUUCCCCAUGGAGCUGCGGCAGUUCCUGGCGCCUUGGAUUGAGAGUCAGGACUGGGCAUACGCAGCCAGCAAAGAGUCGCACGCCACGUUGGUGUUUCAUAACCUCUUGGGUGAGAUUGACCAACAGUACAGCCGCUUCCUGCAGGAGUCCAAUGUCCUCUAUCAGCACAACCUGCGAAGAAUCAAGCAGUUCCUGCAGAGCAGGUAUCUUGAGAAGCCAAUGGAAAUCGCCCGGAUCGUGGCCCGGUGCCUGUGGGAAGAGUCUCGCCUCCUCCAGACAGCAGCCACUGCAGCCCAGCAAGGGGGCCAGGCCAACCACCCCACCGCUGCCGUGGUGACGGAGAAGCAGCAGAUGCUGGAGCAGCACCUUCAGGAUGUCCGGAAGCGCGUGCAGGAUCUGGAACAGAAAAUGAAAGUGGUAGAGAAUCUUCAGGAUGACUUUGAUUUCAACUAUAAAACCCUCAAGAGUCAAGGAGACAUGCAGGAUCUGAAUGGAAACAACCAGUCUGUGACCAGGCAGAAGAUGCAGCAGCUGGAGCAGAUGCUCACAGCGCUGGACCAGAUGCGGAGGAGCAUCGUGAGCGAGCUGGCGGGGCUUUUGUCAGCAAUGGAGUAUGUGCAGAAGACACUCACAGACGAAGAGCUGGCUGACUGGAAGAGGAGACAGCAGAUUGCGUGCAUCGGCGGCCCUCCCAACAUCUGCCUGGACCGUCUGGAAAACUGGAUAACUUCGCUAGCAGAAUCUCAACUUCAGACCCGCCAACAAAUUAAGAAACUGGAGGAGUUGCAGCAAAAAGUGUCCUACAAGGGGGACCCUAUCGUGCAACACCGGCCCAUGCUGGAGGAGAGGAUUGUGGAGCUGUUCAGAAACCUAAUGAAAAGUGCCUUCGUGGUGGAGCGGCAGCCCUGCAUGCCCAUGCACCCUGACCGGCCCUUAGUCAUCAAGACUGGCGUCCAGUUCACCACUAAAGUCAGGUUGCUGGUCAAAUUUCCUGAGUUGAAUUAUCAGCUUAAAAUUAAAGUGUGCAUUGAUAAAGACUCUGGAGAUGUCGCGGCCCUCAGAGGGUCUCGGAAAUUUAACAUUCUGGGCACGAACACAAAAGUCAUGAACAUGGAGGAGUCCAACAAUGGCAGCCUGUCGGCAGAAUUCAAGCACUUGACCCUGAGGGAGCAAAGAUGUGGGAAUGGGGGCCGUGCCAACUGUGAUGCCUCCUUGAUUGUGACUGAGGAGCUGCACCUGAUCACCUUUGAGACUGAGGUGUACCACCAAGGCCUCAAGAUCGACCUAGAGACCCACUCCUUGCCAGUUGUGGUGAUUUCUAACAUCUGUCAGAUGCCCAAUGCUUGGGCAUCAAUCCUGUGGUAUAACAUGCUGACCAACAACCCCAAGAAUGUGAACUUCUUCACCAAGCCCCCGAUUGGAACCUGGGACCAGGUGGCCGAGGUACUCAGCUGGCAGUUCUCAUCCACCACAAAGCGAGGGCUGAGCAUUGAGCAGCUGACCACGCUGGCCGAGAAGCUCCUAGGACCUGGUGUGAACUACUCAGGCUGUCAGAUCACAUGGGCUAAAUUUUGCAAAGAGAACAUGGCUGGCAAGGGCUUCUCCUUCUGGGUUUGGCUGGACAAUAUCAUCGACCUUGUGAAAAAGUAUAUCUUGGCCCUUUGGAAUGAAGGGUACAUCAUGGGCUUCAUCAGCAAGGAGCGGGAGCGGGCCAUCCUAAGCACAAAGCCCCCGGGCACCUUCCUGCUGCGGUUCAGCGAGAGCAGCAAAGAAGGAGGGGUCACUUUCACUUGGGUGGAAAAGGACAUCAGUGGCAAGACCCAGAUCCAGUCUGUAGAGCCGUACACCAAACAGCAGCUCAACAACAUGUCAUUUGCUGAGAUCAUCAUGGGCUAUAAGAUCAUGGAUGCUACCAACAUCCUGGUGUCCCCACUGGUCUAUCUCUAUCCUGACAUUCCUAAGGAGGAGGCAUUCGGAAAGUAUUGCCGACCAGAGAGCCAGGAGCACCCUGAAGCUGACCCAGGUAGCGCUGCCCCUUACCUGAAGACCAAGUUCAUCUGUGUGACCCCAACGACCUGCAGCAAUACCAUUGACCUGCCGAUGUCCCCCCGCACUUUAGAUUCAUUGAUGCAGUUUGGAAAUAACGGUGAAGGUGCUGAGCCCUCUGCAGGAGGGCAGUUUGAGUCGCUCACGUUUGACAUGGAUCUGACCUCGGAGUGUGCUACCUCCCCCAUGUGAGGAGCCGAAAACGGAAAUUGCAGAGAUGUGACUGAGACACCUGCCCCGUGUUCCACCCCUUAAGCAGCCAACCCUCAGAUCAUCUGAAACUCCUAACUUUGUUGUUCCAGAUUUUUUUUUUUUUUUUUUUUAAAGU